AUGCCUUUCAAUACGGCCAGUGUCACGGCAGCAAUUGCUCCUACAGCUGUAAAGACUUGGUGCUCCCAUAACUUUGGAGGGAGGCCACCUAGACAGAAGCCGACACACAGCCUAUCCUAUCACGCUGGAAUCGAAGUCACUCGUCAAUUUCUAUACUAUGCUUCCCAUCACACUGUAGAGCAGUUUCAAUCGUUCACGUCUCGACGCGUUAUUUCACCUCAUUGGGUCAAACAGUCUAACAUCGUGAUUCCAGCAGAGCAUCUGGUCUCUUCUGGUCAUCUCAUUGUUGCGGAACUUGGGCCUGAGGGUGUGGAUAGGGUUGGGGGUAAGACAUGGUGGCAAUGGAGAGGAGACAAUGUGGCGCUCUACGCUGAGUGGAUUGAGAUGAGGAGCGAUUACGUCGAGAGGAAAAAUUUAUCCCACAAGUGCAAAAGAAUUAUCUUAUACAUUCAUGGAGGUGCAUACUUUUUUGGGAGCGUUGAUACACACCGUUAUCAGCUGCAACGCCACGCAAGGAAACUCAAAGCGAGGGUAUUUGCUCGCCCCGAGGAAAUUAUAUUCGCGGGAGAUUCCUCUGGUGGCGGAAUGGUGGCAUCUAUAUUAAUAAUUCUCCGCGAUCAGAGGAUGCCCUUACCUGCCGGUGCAAUUAUGAUUUCGCCGUGGCUCGACCUAACCCAUUCGUUUCCUAGCAUGUCAGAAAUCGGGGUCGAUGAUUAUUUGCCAGCGUAUGGCUUUAUGCAGCGUCCUUCAAUGUCGUGGCCACCGCCUAAUGCAGAUGAGGCUGGUGUGGUAACGAAGUGUGCAAGUAGGAUCCUGCAGGCGAUAGACUCGCCUCCAAUUACUGACAGUACUACUUCUGUGGAUGAAAGAGCUAUCGAGGAAUUUUUCAUCCGCCAAGCGACUGCUACUACACAUGCUGGCCAUCUUGAGCCAUUACCCCAGCACAAUCCAGCAAGUUUUGGAAACAAUGCCCUUAACCACAUGCAUUCUGACCACCUACUUACCAUCAGAAUGGAUGGCGUUCUUGUGGAAUUGAAAGACCAAAUUCAUAUGUACACAACCAAUGACAUGCUAUCACACCCAUUGGUCUCUCCUGUUCUCCAGCCAUCACUUGGCGGGUUGCCUCCACUGCUAAUCAUCAGUGGAGGAGGCGAAAUGCUUCGAGAUGAGCAGAUUUAUUUUGCACAUAAAGCUGCUGACCCGGCUGCAUAUCCCCCAGGCGAAAAAUAUUUAACUCGUCAUGAUCCAGAUCGGAAGAUAGUAGGGAUGUAUAAACCUACCUAUGUACAACUCCAGGUAUGGGACCAUCUAUGCCAUGUGGCGCCUACUUUGAGCUUCACAAAACCGGCGAAGUAUAUGUAUCGUUCAAUAGCUCAAUUUGCCGCUUGGGUUCUUUCCCGUGCCCAGGAGGCUAGCAUAGCAAUCCCAGAUUGGUCUUCGUCCUCGAGUGCAGAUCUUGGGUUUCCUGGUGGACAGGAGCAGUCUUCUACUCAUCAACAAACGUUCAGGACUGUUGGAAAAGCUGGCGAUCCCUUGCCGCCAUUCCACCACCAUAUGAUUCGCCAACUUGUGGAUGGACAUGGAAAUAUUCACCCGCUUCCAGAUAAAUCCCAGCUUCCGGCUCUAAGAAUGCCUCCUGACGAGAUAGGUGAACCAAAAGUCGGACCUGUUCGUCGAUGGAUCAGUGCAAAGGAGGAGUGGGAUAGUAAAUAUAUUAAAUUAAAACGCAAGAUAAUGAAGAAAAGAGUUGAAGAGCUUGUUCUAGGUAUUGGGGAACUGGCUCCUGGGGAGAUACCACCGCCGACCUCUGCCGCAGCUAGACGGGGGGUCUCAAUUCGACAAGUGCGGAGACCUACUAAAAAGAGUAGAGCACUGGCAUUUUGGAACUCUAUCGGAAAUAGACAUGAUGAGGCCGAACUGAGACACUCUGGGGAAUACCUUGGCCGAUUCAGAAGUCCUAUCCCCAGGCCCGCCAGUGAGACGAGAGUAGUCACAGAUGUUGGGCAAUCUAACGAAUCAGAGAGGGACAUUUCUGAAAAGCGAUCACUUGACCGCUCAUUGUCAACAGGGUCUUCUAAAUAUACCCAUUUUUUGCCUCUGAAUGGCUACGUUGCCAAAGAGCACAACAUUAUUGAAGUACCAGACCCACUGCGCCAACCUACAACUGCAGCACCCGAAGUAAAGGUCGACAGUCCACCAAAUCCGGCAUAUGUACCGCCAAGAAGUCCCCUCCGUCAACUGUCCUCCCGACGGCACCACCACCCUGUGCGGCCAGAUGAAGGUGCCAGUACAAGAGCAAUACGGCACGCUCAAGGCGUGGCAGAUCCUGUACCCCUUAUGUAUGAAUCAGGAGACUCGAUGGAAUGGCAAACGCCUUGCGAGUCUACCACCGCGCUUCCUGCUAGGCGGGAUGUGGGGCGGGUUCGAACAAGGUCUGGCCUUGCUCCUACUGACGCCUGGAUUGGAGACAACCAAGAUGGGGUUAACCCUAGCAAGUCCAAACGUCGCAUCGCCACGCCAGCCGAAGACGCAGCUUUUGGUCACCAGCGUCCUGUCCCCCAGGAGAAAUAUAGUGAUAAUCAUCUUCCAAUCUCUGCUGUACGAUCGGCCGGGCCUAAUCAUCGAGACAGCGGAACUGGACAGAGCUUCAUUACAGCACAAGGAUUCUCUAAGCCGUUUCAUGGAGGUAGAGAGCUGGCCGAUGAGCUUAAUUCGACAGGACUAGGGGUGCCAUCGGAGACUGAACCGUUCCCACCCUUUCCUGAGAGUGUAACUGCUGUCUCGCGUUCCAAGUUCGUAAGUAAUGCAGAUGCCGAUAGUGUUGAUGCUGAAAGCGUGCAUUCGAUUACGGUCUCUGAGAAAAAAUUCGACCCGGGGCGUCAUUGGAGAAUGCACUAG